AUGGUUUAUUCGUCGUCACAUACACAAGGCUAUUCCUGGCCAGCGGGAGGAGGAGGGAGAGAUGAGGUUGAGAGCAAACGUUUACUGCGCUUUAAUGGUUAUGAAUAUGUAACUGAAAGCAAAUCUCAUGAAAAAACAUAUUGGAAAUGUAAAGAUUAUUGGUCAAAGAAAUCUAACGUUCGUAUUCAUAUCUUAAACGUUGAUGAUUCUAUUGUUCAACAACCAAAAUAUGAUCAUGAUCAUCCUGCAGAUGCUGCCAAAAGUGAGGUUCCCGAUUUAAUCAAUAAAAAAACAACUAAUGAGACUACCAAUGAUAUAUUAUCAACUUUUAUGACUGAUAAUUAUAAGUUUUCUAUUACUUUUUUUAAACGAAGUGCACUCUGA